AUGCACGUGUUCAGCCAAGGGCGGAUCCUUCCGGCUGCAGUGCGAAUUUCCGUGGCUUUGGCAGACGCGGGUCUGAAGGCAUCGGACUUUGACCUCACCGCCAUGGAUGCCCGAUUUCGUGCACUAUCUGCUGCUCCUAUGAAGGUCAGCAUGGAGGAGUCCUCGCAUGCAACCGCCUUGAAGCCGGUGCUGAUGACAGACUUCUCGGCACCCGUCUUUGAGUGGCAGCUUUCAGACGAUGCGGAGGAUGGCCCAGUGCCGGUCCACCUCCAAGCAACAGCCACUGGCAAGGCAUCAGUUGCGAUCAUCCAAGCCGAGAUCCUCUUUCCGUCUGGCAGAAGCACCUCCGAGCGCUUCGCACAGUGGAUGGCGGGCGGUCUGCCUUUACAUGCUGGUCAAGUUGUCUCGGGUGUCACGGCUUGGCGGAACGACGGCCGAGUUUGGAUUGAUUGGGACUACGCUAAGAGUGCAGUGCCACCAUUCGGAUACAUGUCGUUGUCGGAGUGGUACUUCGAGAUGCUACGGGACUCUGCCAGGCAUGACCUGUAUGAGCGAGCACUGCAAGUGGAGAUUGCGAAGGUCAAGGAGAAGAAUGCCGAUGGUUGCACAGUCUUGGACGUUGGUAGUGGUGACGGUAUUUUGUCAAUGAUGGCCAUCAGAGCUGGGGCGACUGCGGGAACAGGAGUUGAGUACGUCACGCAGAUCGCUCGAGCAUCGGAGGACGUCAUCUUGGCAAACCGAUCCUGUAACGCACUGGGCGCUGGACCGCUGGACAUCUGGUGCACUGAUGUGAGGGGUGUUCCAGAGCUGCCGGAACAGCGCCGCUUCGAUGUCUUGGUCAGUGAGCUAAUGGAUGCCUCUGGGCUCGGUGAGAACCUGAUUCUUCUUACCGAGGGCUCGAAGCGGCGCCUUUGCAAGCAGAACGCCGCAGUCAUACCAGCCCGGCUCCGACUGAGAGCAGUGCUCUGUGAGGUCAAGCUUCCAUUUAUCGACGGUGUCAACAUCGAUGCUUUCUGGCCCUUCUGGCCCACAGAUCGGGCAUUUGGCAGUGCGCUUUGGCUGGGUGUCGACCUGGACAAGCAAGAAGGAGACUUCAAGGUGCUCACGGAGCCAGUGGAGCUUUUCGAAGUCGAGCUUGGGCAGGCAGACGUGAAUGACAUCCCAGCACGAGCACAGUAUAGCUUCCCGGGGAUCGCCGCUGGCACUUGCAACAUGGUCUUAUGGUGGUUCGAAGCCCAACUGAGCCAGACCGAUCCCUCCGUGGUGCUGACGAAUGCACCAACUCAGCUGGAUGGCCGACAUGCCGCAACCUGUUGGGGGCAGGCAGCGGCGGAGCUGGUGGGAACGGCCCAGGUCCGGCCCGGCGAAAACACGAGCAUAGCCAUGGAGAUGGUCUUUGGCGACUAUCAACUUCGCUUCAGAAGUGCCGAAUGUGGGGAAUCCUCAGGUGUGCUUCGUGAUGCACCACCUCCUGGGGCGCCGCCCUAUUCCGCUGAGUUUAAGGAGAUGAUGCAGGCCUGGCGCGAGAAGCAGCGGGAGCUUGCCGUCUCUGGACGCCAAGUUGGCCGGACCGCAAUCCGAGACGCAGAUGUCGAGGCCGUGGCAGUGCUGCAGAAGGCAGCUUUGGCUGUCGCCCUGCAUCCUCAAGGCCCAACUACUCUUGUUGCCACUCUAUUGCUUCACCACUGUUUUUGA